AUGAUCACGCCGGCAGACCCUGGGGAGGCGCAAGGAGGAGCUGCGAGCUUCACUGCAGCUCUCCAGCAGCUCACAGGCCUAGUGGCAGGGCUCCAGGGCGAGCUUCGGCAGGUACAGGCUCAGCUCGGGGAGCGUGAGCUGGAAGAGACUGUACUUGUUGUGGCCGCGGCUGUACUUGGUGCUGCUGAUGCUGGAGUGACCCAGGCAGCACCAGCUGCGCAAGCACCUGAGGCGGGGCUUGGCGCAAGCACUGGGACGGGAGUCCUGAUUUACCCGCCCACCUACCACCUGACCGGGGGAUGCCCUUCCACAUCGAGACCGAACCGGGGGCUACCCCGGUCAACCGCCACAUCUACCGCCUGUCCCCCUCUGAGCUCAAAGAACUCCGCCGUACUCUGGACGACCUUCAAGAUUGCUGAGGGCUUCAUCCGGCCCAGCAAUUCACCGUGGGGGGCACAUGUUCUCUUCGCCCCGAAAAAGGACGGGGGCCUCCGGUUUUGCAUUGACUACCGGGGUCUGAACAAGCAGACGGUGAAGAAUGCUCACCCCUUACCCCGGGCAGACGAUCUUAUCGAUCAGCUGCACGGGGCGCGAAUCUUUUAUAAGAUUGAUUUGCGCUCCGGUUAUUGGCAGCUUCCCAUCGAUCCUGCUGACGUCGCUAAAACUGCGUUUUGCACGCGGUACAAUCACUUUGAGUGGUUGGUCUUGCUAUUUGGUCGGACGAAUGCCCCAGCCGCGUUCACGGAUCUCAUGCACGGCAUCUUCCGUGAUCUGCUCGACCGGGGUGUGGUCAUUUUCUUGGAUAACAUUCUCAUUUACUGCAAGACUGCAGAUGAGCACGAGCGCCUCCUUCGGGAGGUAUUCACACGCCUGCGCAACCACAAGUUGUACGCCAAGGAGUCCAAGUGUGAAUUGUGGCGUACCGAGGUGACCUUCCUCAGUCACGUCAUCAACGAGCAUGGGGUGUCCAUGGAGGCAUGCAAGGUGGACGCCAUAAGCCAGUGGCCACGGCCAAACGACCCUGGCGAUAUCCGCUCGUUCCUCGGCCUUGCAGGAUUUUAUCGCCGAUUUGUCCGCAGCAGGUUUUUGCAGAUUGCCGCACCCCUCAACGACUUGCUAACCAAAACGGCAAAAUUCGAGUGGACGGACGCACAGGAACAUGCGUUCCAAUCCCUCAACAUUGCCCUAACCCACGCACCCAUCCUCCGCCCGUACGACCCUAACCUCCCCUAUACACUUGAUCUUGACGCCUCAGACUUUGCAGUUGGUGCAGUGCUGCUCCAGGGAACCGCUACAGAUCGCGAUCUUCUACCGGUCGCGUUCGAGUCCAAGCGACUCAACCGCGCUGAGCGGAAAUACUCUGCUCGCGACUGGGAGCAGCUUGCACUCGUGCAUGCCACGCACUAA